AUGGCAGAAACGUCGCACAACCCGUAUCCGCGAUCCCCCAAUCCCUCCACCAGGUCUUACGACUCGUCAUCUGUCUCGUCCGCAACGUCGCCACGACCUCCGUCGCGAUACCUUGGAACCAUGCUGAAUGCGGCGGCAAGACCAAACCCGUCAGUCGGCAUGACUCCUUUGCCCCCCGUGAACCAGGGCUUCCCGCCUUAUACGUCCAUGGCACCAACGUCCAUCAUGGGCCGCGAGUCUGUCGCUUCCACCGACUCUCUGCUGUCGGGAACUCCCGGCGCCCAAGGACAGAAGAGGGCCUACCGCCAAAGGCGGAAAGACCCCAGCUGCGACGCGUGCCGGGAGAGGAAGGUCAAGUGCGAUGCCACGGAGACGACGAGCUGCUCCGAAUGCUCUAGCCGAAACGUCAAGUGCCAGUUCACCAAGGAAACCAAUCGGAGGAUGUCUUCCAUCAAGCAGGUGCAGGAUCUGGAGAAGCAGAUCGAAAAGGUCAAGCGGGACAACAGCAACCUGCGCCGAAUGCUCCAGGAGAAGGGCGGCGCCAUGGACAUAGAUGUCGAGCCCAGAGACCGGCCGUCGUCUCACCUACCGCCCCCUAUCGAGGCCGAGAGCAGACCGCGCAAGAGGCAGCAACCGGUCCCCAACCUCGUGCUGGCAAGGACAAACCUCCGAAAUAUCUCAAAGGGCGUUUUCAAGCCUCCGGCGCAGUACCGGCCGCCAGCACCGGCCGUCUUUGACACGCCCGCCCCCGAGCUGCCCCCCCGUCAUGUGGCUGAUCAGUUACUCAACACUUAUUAUACUUCCGCGCACACAAUGUUUCCCAUCAUUCACUUACCGACAUUCAAGUCCAUGGUUGAGGAUUUGUACCGGACAAGCCAGCCCCGCCUUCCGCCGGCGUUCUUGUGCCUGUUCUUCGCCGUAUUGGCAACCGGCAGCUUGUUUACUGUCGAAAUCCCAGCCACCGCCGCCAGCUAUUUCCGACCAGCUGAGUUUUUGGAUUCGGCGCGGAAAGCCAUGGAUCCUUGGUGUAACCACCACACUCUCGACGACGCAAGGGCUUUGGUUCUCAUCACCAUCUGUCUGAACGAGAUGAACCUGAAGUCAGCCGCAUGGAACUGGCUGGGAAAUGCUGUGCGUGUUGGACAAGACCUGGGCCUCUACAUCGACACCGAGACCUGGCCCGUCAUCGAGGGCGAAAUGCGCCGCCGGACCUGGUGGGCCAUCUAUAUUCUUGACAGGGUCAUGGCCACCGAGAUGGGCCACCCGUUCCUCAUUGACGAUGCUGAUUGCAGUGUUGCGCUGCCUGCGGCGGUGGACGACCAGUAUAUUCGAGACGACGGGAUGAGAGUCCCUGGCGGAGCCGAGCCGCUGACUCACUCCCUCUUGGCUGUCAUUCAUGUCGUCAGGUCUUAUACGUCCAUUAUGAAGACGAUGGAGGCGACCACGAUACCGCCAGCGCAGCUCACAAACUUUGAUAGCCACUUCAAGAAGUGCCUUCACACCUUCCCUCCGGCCUGUGAUCCCUUGAGCACUGUGGCUUUGGCGCCUCACUUCCUGGCGCCUCUGACGUACCUAUUCCAUGCGCGACUGCUUCUUCACCGCCAUAACCUGAACCCCAGCUGUGACGGGGAAACGCGGCUACGCGCCAUUGACAGCUGUAUGCACAUUGCCAUGGAGACGGCCUCGUUGCUGAACCGGACAGACUCCCCAGCUGACGGUGCAACUUCUCUAUUAACGGCCCAUAUCUUCCGCUCCGCUCUAUUCCUCCUGUUCACCGAGAAUUGGGAUUACGCCAUCACCUGCAUCCGAGCUCUGGCGGCUAUAGAUGCCAGACGCGACAUAGCUACUGCCUGCGGGAGAUAUCUCUCCUUCUUCACUUCUACUUUGAGUGUCAAACGAGCCGAAUACGCAAGUCGCCUGGCAAGAACAACGUCGCCCCAUGCUUUUUCAGCUCCGCAGUCACUGAUGAAUUCGACGUUGAUGUUUUCGUUGGCUAGAGAUGAGGAGCUUUUGGCGUACGUCUCUUCCGACCUCCAUGCCUCGCCAUCGAGAUCCUGGGUCUGGAAUGAAGGCCACGAUCGUGAUUAUCUGUCCCCCAAGGCCGAUGCUCCCGUUCCUUCUGGUGGACUCGGGCAUGCGCUCUUCAGCGCAGCGAUGAGAACCGGCCUGAGCGACGAGGAGCGCAGAGAAUGGGGUGGGUGGCCUCAGCUGGAAGCAGCAGUUCGAGGGCUUGCAACGAGUCAUGCCACCAGCAACUGGACAACUCUCCCUCCGCCUCAGGUGAAGCGGGAAUCACCGACUCCGGGCAUGCCGAGCAUUCAGCGACUCUCGGAUGCGCCUCGUUACACGUCAGAAGUUCCCAAGUACGGCAAUGAAGCGUCGCGACCUGCUGCGGCUAGUCCCGCUGGUAGAGAUAGACUGAGCAUUGCGAAUAUCAUAUAA